AUGUACACUACGUGGUACAGCCGCGGGGAAGGUGGCAUGCAUCACCAUCAGAUGGGGCAACUAUACCAUGGACCCCCUAUGAUAAAGACUGAAGCAGGUGUUAACAGUGAUUGUAUGAUGGCAGUAGAUUAUGCACCCCCUAUUAAGUUCUAUGGUAAUAAUAUCAUAAGAGGAACAAUUAAGCUUCUAACAUUUAUUGCUACUGAUAAAAGCUCA